AUGCAGUGGCUUCCCUCAGUUCCGUACCCGCCGUCAAAGGCUGGGUUCUGGAGUCCCGUCACCUCGACCCUCAACUGGUGCGAAGAGGAUUACUAUGCCACCAUAUACUCCGCCGAGAUCGUCAACACUCUGACCAACUUGCUUUUUAUGUUCUUGGGUGUCAAGGGCAUUAUCAGUUGCGUACGCAAUCAACAUGAUCAGAUCUUCCUGGUGGCCUUGUUAGGCUAUCUAGUGGUCGGUACCGGAAGCUUUCUGUUUCAUUCGACCCUGAAAUGCAAGUACUUCCGCGCGGUGCUCUCUAGUGUUCGAUACCCCAUGCAACUGGUUGAUGAGCUUUCAAUGAUUUACACCACCUGCUUGAUGGCAUACGCUAGCUUUUCCUAUACCCGCUCACUGGCCGUGCGGAUCGUGUUAGCAUGUUCGCUAACUUUCCUCUCCGUCUUCAUCACCCUAUAUUACCACUAUAUCCAAGAUCCUGUCUUCCAUCAAAAUGCCUACGCUCUUCUGACAACCGUUGUCGUUUUUCGCAGUAUGCACACCAUGGAAGUGACUCUGCGACCCCGGUGGCGCAAAUCCCGCGAAGAAGACCGGUUGGAGCGGCAGAAGCAGGGACUAGCGGUGCCUACCAAGGAGCGUCAACACUACGAGAACGUGCGAGACACGAAAACUCUUAAGACAAUGUGGUUCAUGGUGGUGUACGGGCUGAGUAUGUUUCUCGGCGGAUUUGGAAUCUGGUUCCUGGACAACCACUUUUGCUCUAAAAUUCGCCAAUGGAGACGGGUAGUGGGCCUACCAUGGGGAAUCCUCCUGGAGGGACACGGUUGGUGGCAUAUCAUGACCGGCCUCGGCGCAUACUUGUACAUCAUUUGGGGCAUAUGGCUACGACACUGUCUGAACGGAAACCAAGAAGACUACCAUCUGAGAUGGGCACGCUUCUGGCAUAUUCCCGAGGUUAUCCGCACCUCACCUACUUCCGAGAAUGGCGUCGCCCGAGAUAAGAAGUCCACCUAA